AAACUUUUCCGCGCAUCGACGCGUGCGCGUCUAUAUUUCUCAACAGAGAAAGAGGGAGGGAGAGAGACAGAGAGGGAGAAUGGCGAAAUCUAGCGCAGACGAUGAGGAGCUAAGGCGAGCCUGCGAGGCGGCAGUUGAAGGUUCCAGACAGAAGAUCGUAAUGUCGAUCCGAGUCGCCAAGAGCCGCGGAAUCUGGGGCAAAUCCGGCAAAUUAGGCCGCGGUCACAUGGCCAGACCUAGGGUUCUUGCAAUUUCCACGAAACCAAAAGGUCAGCGGGUUACAGCUUUUCUUCGUGUCUUAAAGUAUUCUAAUGGAGGAGUUCUUGAGCCUGCAAAACUAUACAAGCUGAAACAUCUUUCAAAGGUGGAGGUUGUAACUAAUGACCCGUGUGAGUCAUGAUGACAUAAAGAUUACAGCAUCGCAGGCCAUAACAGGAACGUUUAAUUCUUUGGUAAAAUGACUGAACAACUUGUAGGGAUUUGAUAACCUUAGAAGCCAGAGUGUUGCCCCAUCCCAGUGGACCAUGCGUAAUAUUGAUGACAGGAACCGCCUUUUACUUUGCAUCUUAAACAUCUGCAAAGAUGUACUGGGCCGACUUCCUAAAGUUGUCGGUAUAGAUGUUGUGGAGAUGGCUCUCUGGGCUAAGGAAAACACACCCACAAUAACUAAGCAACGGGAUCUUCGAGAUUGGCCAGUUGCUGUUACAGUGACCGAAAGUGACCUGAAAGUGACUGUUGAAAGAGAACUUGUGUCUCAAGCAGAGGAAGAGGACAUGGAGGCUCUUUUAGGCACUUAUAUCAUGGGUAUUGGUGAAGCAGAAGCAUUUUCUGAGCGGUUGAAGCGAGAACUUCAAGCUUUGGAAGCUGCAAAUGUUCAUGCCAUUUUGGAAAGUGAGCCUUUAAUUGAUGAGGUACUGCAGGGGCUUGAGGCAGCCACAAACUGCGUUGAGGAUAUGGAUGAAUGGCUAAACAUUUUCAAUGUAAAACUUAGACACAUGAGAGAGGACAUUGAAUCGAUAGAGACUCGCAAUAACAAGCUGGAAAUGCAGUCCGUAAAUAAUAAAUCCUUGAUUGAAGAACUUGAUAAGCUCCUUGAAAGCUUGCGAAUUCCUUCAGAGUAUGCAGCAUGUCUAACAGGAGGCUCAUUUGAUGAAGCACGCAUGCUUCAAAAUAUUGAAGCAUGUGAGUGGUUAAAUAGUGCUUUACGCGGCCUUGAAGUGCCCAACUUGGAUCCUAGCUAUGCAAACAUGAGAGCAGUAUGCGCCUGUCUUGUUUUGGUUCUCUUUCUGAAAUUGCAUAAACAGAUUGUUAAUAUACUGCCUUAG